AUGGGGCUGGAGAGCGGAACACCUGCGACACCCAACCCACGAGCACCUGCCCACAGCAGCCGCCACGCAUGGGCUUUGCUCGCUGUCCUCCUGCAGGACCCGUGCGGUGGCUGGAGUUCCUCCUCGGGCAAUGCCCAGGGGGAAAUCCCUCCUCCCGGGCGAAGCCCCCGGCUGCGCCUCCUCUCCCGCACCGCAGCCGCAGGCCGAGGGCGGCCGGCCCGCGGAGCAGGCGCCCAGCCCGGCCCGCUCCGCGCCGCACCGGAGCCGCCGCCGCCGCCGGCCGGAGAGGGCGGCAGCAUGAGCGGCGGGCGUAGCGGGCGAUCCGCCGUGAAGAUGGAGGCGCCGUUUUACCCCGAGGAAGGACUGGAGCUGCUACCCGACUUCGUGCCGCUGCCGGGUUUCGGUACCGCCGGCGGACCGGGAGCCGAUGCAGCGGCGGCGGCAGCAGCGGGGCAGAAGCUGCUGCUGGGCGCCGGCAAGAAGCGGGACCUGGCGGCCGCCGCCCCCGCGCCGCUCCCGGGGCCCUUCGCCCUUCGCCCGCCCGCCGGCGCCCGCGGCGGCGGGGCGGCGGCGGCGGCCCGCGGCGGCCCGGAGGCCGCGCUGGGCUCGGCUGCGGAGCUGCCACUGCUGAAACUACCGCCGGCCGCCGACCUGGAGCAGCUGCUGAUCCAGGGGGGCGCGGGGCUGGGGUCCGGCAGCCCGGGUCCGGCGGCGCCCGGGGCGGGGAGCGGCGGGGCAGCGGCGGCGGGGCCGUUUCUGUACCGGCAGCUGGUGACGCAGGAGCAGGAGGGUUUCGCCGACGGUUUCGUUAAGGCCCUGGCCGACCUGCACAAGCAAAACCAGCUGCUGGCGGCGCCGCCGCCGCUAUCCGCGCCGGGACCCUGCUGCACCGCCCGCCCGGGGCCGCCGGGAGCCCCCGCCGCCGCUGACCCGCCGGCCGUCUACACCAACUUGAGCGGCUUCAACCCCGCAGGGCCGCUGAGCCCCUCGGGCAGCGCCUACCCCGCCGCCUCCGCCCCGCCGCCGCCGCCGCCGCCGCCGCCUCCGCCGGGCCUGGCCUUCGGGGCGGCGGGUCUGGGGAGCGGUCGGCUGCCGCCGGCGCGGUCCCUGGAGGAGCCGCAGACGGUGCCCGAGGUGCCGCCGUCGGCGGGCGGGGAGGGCGGCAGCAGUGCGCCGACGCCGCCGUCGCUGUCGCCGCUGGACGCGGAGAGCCAGGAGCGGCUGAAGGCGGAGCGCAAGCGGCUGCGGAACCGCAUCGCCGCCUCCAAGUGCCGCCGGCGGAAGCUGGAGCGCAUCGCCCGGCUGGAGGAGAAGGUGAAGGCGCUGAAGGGGCAGAACGCCGAGCUGGCCGCCACCGCCAACCUCCUCCGCGCCCAGGUCACCCAGCUGCAGGGCCGCGUCCGCAGCCACCUCUCCUCCGGCUGCCACAUCAACGCCGCCGGCCAGCCUCCUCCCCCCGCCGCCGCCGCCGCCGCCUCCCAGCCCCGGGAGGCGCCCCCCGAGGCAGCCGCCGCCGCCGCUCCGGAGACCAGCGCCUGCUGAGUAGGGGGGAGGCUCCGCCGCCAGCCGGCCCCAUCCCCGCCCGCCGCCGGGGCGGCGCGGAGGCACCGCGGGGCCGAGGAGCUCGCCCGCUGCCGCCGCCGCUCUUCUGUUGUUUUUAUUCUUCUUAUUAUUAUUAAUUAUUAUUAUUUAUUUGCGCCCGGAGAAGGCGGUUGCAGGAGCCGGGUGUCGCUAAGCGUUUGCCGAGGUCUGUCGAUGUUGCACACAGCAGCGAAGGUCUCCGUGGGUGGUUUGGGGGCAGGUGGUUGUUUUUUUCCAGUGAAGUACUUGAGGUCUGCAGAGAUUUCGGAAAUUAAGGAAAUUCCUGUUUACAGAAAGAUUCAACUUUAUUUUCAUGGGGGAUAUAAAAAGUGUGUUUCCUAAUACACCUUACUGAACUGUAUACCAAUGGAUAAGCUUUUCAAAUUUAAAAAAAAAAAAAAAGCCAGAAUCCUACCCUUUUGAAAAGAUGUGCGUGUAUAUAUAUAUUUAAAACAUAAUAUGGCUAUGUAUAUUUUCUUGGUAUUGAUAAAGAACUUUUUUUAAAAUAUCAUCUUUCUCUAGAGCUUUAAUUUGCCACUGAGAGUUAAGACAACUGUGUGGGUGCUCUUGCACUUACACAGCUGCAGUUUUAAAAUCGAACCCUGGAGGGGAAUGAUUUUUGUUGUAAAUCUUAAGCAGGAUGAAACGCAUUGCUGACUCAGUCAUAUGAAAAUACUUUUCUAAACUGUACGCUUCAUAUUUCUUGUGCCAGUGCAAACUUGGGGCAUUGAUAGUUAUUUAUUGAAACUUGAACACUUUUGGACGUUGCCUAGACCUUAUUUUUCUAGAUAACAUGUUAGUAGUGAAAAUGGUUACUUUGGCAAGAAGAGCUUUACUUUUUUUGCCUUCACUGUGUACAUUCCAGUAGUGUUAGCUCUUUACAUGGUAUAGUAACAAUUUAGUGCUAUACAGAAAAGGGCUCAGGUUUGGGGCGGGUUAGCUAUAAAGGUGGUAAUUCCAUUGUAUUCUGUUUGAAUAAAUCACAGAAAUAUUAUGGAGAAGUAGAUUUAUUUUUCAGUAGAAAUCUCUGUAUGUUGCUUCUUGGUCUGCUUUGUUCUAAAGAAACUUUCUGCAAUACUCUAGAGACAGAAAGUCAGUGCUAGAACGUGAAAUGUUUUUCUGGUUGGGAAGAAUUGGUGUGAUUUAUUUCUUUGUCAAGAUUUUACUGGUAGAAGAGAAUAGCGAAGAAACUAUUUCCUCUGAUUAGACAUAAUCCUCAAUAAGUUUUUGAAAGCUUUAGAUCCCUUGCUCGGUACUACUGCUUAUCUUGCUUCUGCUGCACCUGUGUAUUUUGAGCAUAGCUGCCAACGCCGCGCUGUUGAGCCCUGUGGCGUGGUGCAGUGGGAAGGGUCUGUCGGAGUGUGAGGGUCACCCCACCAGAAGCCCCUUGGUGCGGGGGCCGCGGGCCGGGCCUGCCACUGGGGGAGGGCAAGGGCUUCUCCUGAGCAGAUCCAGCUGCAGAGCGGGGCCCGCUCCCCUCUUUGAAACUGUGCUAAAAACUCUGCUUGAACUCAGAGGCAAAACUUACAUGGGGAUACGUGUCUGUGCCAGCUGGUGAAAAUUGGGGAUUGCACAAGGAUCCAAGGGGGCAUAGACAUCCUUAUGUGUACAAGCCAUUGCUCAGAUCUGUUAAACCCACUCAGGAGCUAUUAAACAUCUCUUACUUCUUCUGAAGGCUACACUUGAUGCUUUGAAAUUCAAGAAGAAUGGGAUAGACUCACAGUUUUUCUUGCUUUUAUUGGGGAUAUGUGAGUGCUAUCUGUUCAGAAAGUUGAGCUGCAGCAGUCAAGUGUGUGAGCUUUUUCUUUUAGUGCAUAGUCAUUCCUGGCAUGCAUGUGAAAUGACAUGACAAUGCGUAGUAAUUGUGUUAUUGUAGCUGAGAUGCUCUGAGGAUAUUUCUUUUCUUAAUGCAUAUGCAAAUUAGGUAGAAGCCAUAUUAGUCAUUGUAUAACUGUUUAAUCAUGUCACUAGAGCCUUUUUCGGUGGUUGAAAUUGUCUGUAACAGUACCUUCUGCUGUUAGAAAUACUAGUGAACAGAUAAAAAAUUAUUUUGAUCUUAACACAGGUUUAAAGACUUCUUAAAGGUAUUCUGAACCCAACAGCAUACAAUCUGUAGCACUGCCUGUUAUAUAAUAACUGGGUGAAAAAUAACUGGGUUUUACUAUGUGGCAGGCAUCACCUAUCUGCAAAGAUGCUGCAAGACUGGAGAAACUGAUAAAGACUUUUUACACACACACACACACACUUAACAUGCUUUCCCUAGUGAGAGAGCUAAUGCUGCCUGGUAGAAACAUUGAUGUGAGAUGCUUAGCUUUACUGUGUGUGUAGUGAGGUGGGUUUUUUUUAAGAGAUCCUGGAAAAAUUAUUAAAAAUUACAUGGGUGGACACUGCUGUUUCAGUUCUUGUAUUUGCAAAUGAAUGUAGGGCUAGGUAAAGAUCUUGCAGUAGGACACAGGACAGCGAUAAAUGCAGCUGUGCAGUACUUGUUCUUUACUUAUUUUACCAUUUCUGGUCAGAAUAAAUCAGCAAUGUCCAAGGAGAAGUGGGGGAUCCAUAAGACACAAGGAAUCCCUGCAAUUCCUCUUCCAAGCCAAGGGCGGGGCUAUAAUGGGCUAUAACCUGGCAGGAAUAUAAUGAGCUCACCCUUUUCAGCAUGGUAAUGUUAAAGCUGAAAACGACCACACGUUAACUCUCUCCCAUUUGAACUUUCUGCAAGAGCAGUCCUGCAUCCAGCCUCUCAAAGAUCUCAUGUGGUAACUUCUUUGAUAGCCUGCUUUAUGUUCUAGCUGACAUCUGUUAGGUGGUAGAAAUGCUGACAGGCCAGCUCUGUUACCCUGAUGGCUGACGAGAGGUUACUAGUGGGGCUGGCAGCUCCAGCUCUGCCAGAGGCUGCUACUGUGGUACUAGAGUUGUCUGAAAGAAAUGUGUUCCCUGUAGCAUGACAGGUUACCUUCAUAAAUGCCUUCUUUUAUCUGGUGUUUGGGCUAAGACACAGGAUCUAACAGUGAUGUGACAAAAAUCUGAGAAUAGUGGGGGGUGGUUGGGUUUUCUUCCGUAUUGAUUCUGCUGGAGGUUGCUGCACCUAUUGCAGAGAUGUGGGUGGAUAACCUGAGCACCUAACAGUUUAAACCAAUAUAACAAGACUCAGGAGUGCUUGCCUGCUGCAGCCCUCAGGCUUGAUUGUUACUGUCUUCUAAAAUGUAUCGGUACUCUUGACUUUUACCCCUGCAGUGUUCCUAAAUCUUUAAAUAGGUCUUCUUUAUUUUGUCUUCCCUUUUUUCUUCAGUUUGUUGCAGCAUUUUUCAUGUCUGUUUCUUUUAGGUUUUGAUUUUCUGCCUAAAACUUUGGUCACUGUGAGAUGCUAAAAGAUAGAUAACUGGGUAAAAAUUUUCCAGACUGUUUAUAUGAUUUCCAUCAAUGCAGCUCCUUUUCAGUAACUGCAGGCAAGUUGGCUGUGUAAGUGUCACUGUGAAAAAAAAAAAAAGGGGGGAAAAAAAAGAAAAAGUCAGUUUAUGUUUAGUGGAACCUCAGCACUUUUUAGCAUUUUUCUUCAUCCUUCAAAACUGUACCAUGUUUUGUUAUACUUGUGCACACUAUUUGCUAGUCCUUAGAAAGAUUCUCACUGCAUGACUUGAUUUGCAGGCUACCCUCAUGCCCUUCUGAUCUGGUUUUGCAUUCCAGGUGCAAACCCAUGACAAAUAAACAUCCCUCUUUGUUUCUUUGCCUUCUGUGUAAUCUCUGCUCUGGAAAUUAUGCAAUCCCUUCCUUUGCCUGUUUAGGUUGGUGGAUGCUUGGUCGUCUGCAUCUUGCUUGCUGCUCAUCAGCAGAUUUUGAAUGUGCUUGAACCGAUGUCUUGAUAUAGAUGUGAAGUGCCUUCCUAUUUAGGUGCUACAGCAAAACAGUUUGAUUCAUAAAUGGCUUUCAUUUCUUUGAAUUGUUAUCAGAUCUCUUCUGUCUUGGGGAGUAGGAGGAGGAGUGUCUGUGGUGAGGGAAGUCUUGUUCACUCCUCCCUUGGGCAGAGGGAGGAGCUCCCAUCAGAUCUGCCCCUGCUUGCAGUGGGUGCAGGGAAAGUACUCCGCUACGCCUAACUCAAAUGAUGUCAUUGCUCGAAAAUGUGAUUGGUUUGCUCCCCAGCGUAGAAAGGGUAGUGAAAUCUGUCAGUAUCACAAGGUGUCCAGACAGGUCUGGGUGGUUGGUGAGUGGUUCUUAGAACUUUCACUGUGACUUCCAAGCUGAGCCCAUUUGGCAGGCUUAGAGAGGAAUUCCCAAAACACAAGUACUUUGCAUACUUUGAGAAGUGUAGGUGUUUGGGGGUGAUAAGUCCUGAUUACCGAGAGGGGUGAUUCUGGUGGUGACAUUUUUGUCAUGAGCCUUUGAUGGUCUUGCAAGAGGUAAAUACCUCAAAGGAUUUGGACUCUUCACUAUUGACUGUCAUGCACUGUUCAAGAUCAAAGGGUGGCCCUACUACAAUUCUCUGUUAUCUUGGUUUGUGUUUCUGUCAUUACUGAAGGAAGAGUCAUGAGGCAUCCUUUUUUUUUUCAUUUAAAUAUCGAUUGACUGUGUCCAUCUCACCUUUGACAAAGGAGUGAUCUCCCAAAGUUAAGCCCUGAGGCAUUCUGCAGUUUGCAGCUGUUAAAAUGGAAAUUUUAUUUGGCAGCUAAUUUCUAAUCGGUUACAUGGCUUGAUGAUACUUUGCAAAUUAUUGUAUAGUGGUGUUCGGUGGUGCCUGUAGUACAGAUGCAUGCGAUGUCUGAAUUACUAAUUGUGCUGAAAAUAGUGACUUGGCUGCCAUAACCUGAGUCUUGGCUAUUUGAAUCCAGUAGCUUCUUAGAGAAAAUUUCUCUAUAUCUGAAAUUAAUAUGCAAGAAAUAAAAACCAUCUACCUGUAACAGAA